AUUAAUUGUGACGCGGGAUCUAGUAAACUGAUUAACCGAAUUUGGGGUGGGUUUGUCAGCAAUCUUCAUUCUUGAGAAUCCAAGCUUUGGAACCCAAACAGAGCUACGUACAGAGGUUUACCAUGGCAUCAGAAGUGGACAAGGUCAACAUUGAUAGUAUCAUACAGAGGCUACUGGAUGUGCGUGGUUCAAGACCUGGCAAGAACGUUCAGCUUACUGAAGCCGAAAUCCGCGGGCUUUGUUUGAAAUCGAGAGAGGUAUUCCUGAGUCAACCCAUUCUCCUGGAGCUAGAGGCCCCCCUUAAAAUAUGCGGGGACAUUCAUGGCCAGUAUUAUGAUCUGCUGCGCUUGUUUGAGUAUGGAGGGUUCCCACCCGAAGCCAACUACCUUUUCUUGGGGGACUACGUGGACCGUGGGAAACAGUCGCUCGAAACGGUGUGCCUACUUUUGGCCUACAAGGUCAAGUACCCCGAGAAUUUCUUUCUUUUGAGGGGCAAUCACGAGUGUGCGAGUAUCAACAGGAUAUACGGUUUCUAUGACGAAUGCAAGAGACGGUACAACAUUCGUCUGUGGAAGACGUUUACUGAUUGUUUCAACUGUCUUCCGGUGGCGGCUGUUAUCGACGAGAAGAUCUUCUGUUGUCAUGGCGGGCUCUCUCCAGAUUUGCACAAUAUGGAGCAAAUUCGUCGCGUCAUGCGUCCCACCGAUGUCCCCGAUCAAGGCCUUCUUUGUGACCUCCUCUGGGCCGACCCCGACAAAGAAACGGCAAGGUGGGGUGAAAACGAUCGUGGAGUUUCCUUCACUUUUGGACCUGAGAUUGUCUCCAAGUUUCUGGCCAAGAAUGAUUUUGAUCUGAUCACCCGGGCUCACCAAGUGGUUGAGGAUGGCUACGAGUUCUUUGCUAAGAGGCAGCUGGUGACUCUGUUCUCUGCCCCUAACUACUGUGGUGAGUUUGACAACGCUGGGUCGAUGAUGAGCGUGGACGAGAGCCUCAUGUGCUCGUUUCAAAUCCUCAAGCCUGCCAGUGACAGAAGAAAGCUGUUCGGAGGAACGAGUGGAGGCAAGAAUUCCAAGAAAUGAGUAGACAUUAAUAGCUAUGAAGUUAGUAUAAUUGCUAGCCUUUUUAUUGUCAGCGCAAGAAUGUAUUGCCCUAUGUAUAUGUGUAUAUGACACAGCACAUCCUUUUAUAUCUCAUUUCUGUGGUUUAUAUCAAUAGUUCUGCACGAUUGUGAUGUAUGUAUAUCUUGUGUGUUUGACAAAAAUGUGCUGCUAUGUAUAAAGAAUGAGAUUAAUGACACCAUGCAA